UUUUUUUGUUGUUGCAAGACUUUCAAGCAAGUUGCAAUUUUGGUUUUUGGCAUUUUGCAAACAGAGAAGUUUAUUUUCUCUAGGAAAAACCUCAAAAAUUAACAAAAAAAAUGAGUAGCGAAUUUGUGUGGGCAGUAAAAAACGGCGACCUGGAACAAGUUAAACACAUCAUAGAGAAAGAGUCAGUAGAUGUAAACCAAGAAGUGGAUGGACGUCCUUUGAUAUUAUAUGCUGCCGACUAUGGCCAAAAAGCUGUGAUAGAGUACUUAAUUACUGUUGGGGCCGAUGUAAACUCCAAAGACAAACAUGGAAUCACUCCGAUCUUAGCAGCGAUUUGGGAAGGACACAAAACCUGCGUAGAACUGCUAUUGCAAAAAGGCGCCAAAAAAGAUGGGGUAGCACCAGAUGGCAAAUCCUAUUUAGAUUCGGCUGAGAGUAACGAGAUUCGACAACUGUUAGCUUAGAAAAAUGAAAGAUUUAACUUGCCAUGAUAUCUGUUUCGAGUGGCAAGUGAAAUGUUUCAUAUACUUGAAAAUUAUUGACAAGGAUGUGAUUAAAAAAAAAAAAUAGAGGUUGAGGCGUUAUUUUUGUCCAAAUACAAUUUACAAUAUUCUUCAGCUUUGCCAAAAUCAUUUUCAGACUUUCUUCUGGGUCAGUAGUUUCAGUACCAUAUUAGGUGUGAUAGAGCUUUAUCUAAUGUGGUUUUUACUAUAUAAUUUGGUGAAUUGCUUUAGCAUUCUCAAUGUCUGUUUUCACAGGAGUCAAAAAGCAUCGUCUAUAGAUGUUUUCAAUGCUGUUGUUCCAAAAUAAACCGCUGAGUGAUUGUUUCUGUCUCUUGUGAGAACACACCUUUAUUGCACACUUAAAAGGUACUCCUUAAUAAUACUAUGUUUCGUUUUGUUAGAUCUCUACUAUUCCAUUACAAUAAUGUAGGUAUGCAAUGAAAAAGUGCUGUCCAUAAAGAUAAUAUUAACGAAUGCUUCUCGGUGCCAGGGAAGUUUGAAAAAAAAAAUGUAGCCCUACGAAAAAAUAUUUUUUAAAGCUUAAGUGUUACUUUGAAAUUAUAAAAAUGCUUGUGAAAUUUAUUUUAUAGACUUUUUGUUUGUUUUUUUUAUAUAUAGGAAUAAAUGUAUUGGCUAUUUUAUUUAUAAUAGAUAGAUUUUCU